AUCACAAUCUCCGAGUCUGCGUUCUCAAUCAACCCCAAAAAUCUCCACCCUCAAUGGGUGACGACACCACAUGGGAGCAGAGGCUCCAACCCAUAACCCAUAUCCUCACCGACCCCUCCGCCGCGGCCCAUCAGCCCCUCCACUCCCAGUUCUUCAUCGCCGGCCAAAUCCCCUGCUACCUCCGGUGGGACUACCCCCCGAUUCUCUGCCGCAAACCCCAGCCACUACUCGACCUCCGGUGGGGCUUCUCCCUCUUCCUCAGGAGGCUCUCCAGGUUCGGCCUCCCCGGGACCUCGUGGCGGAGCAAGUGCCCGUACCUGCAGCCGCCACCGCUCGUGCUGGCCAGAGGGGUGGAGGCGGCCCGGUGGGGCGCCGAGGAGCGGAGGGAGUACUUCAGGCGGCGGCUGCGGAGGCCGCGGCUGGGGAACGACAUGAACCCGCUCAUCCCCGUGCUCGUCCCGAACCUGAUCCUCUUCUCUCUUCUGCUGUGGGACCCAUUCCCUCACGAUCGAGAUUGAUCGGCCGCUUUGAUUUCAUCCUACGGUUCGGAUUUCUUCGUUACGUGCUCCAAAGAGUUGAAGCCUCGGGGAUUUGAUUUCAUAUGUGGUCUGUAAUUUGUGGAUUAAUUACUUCGUUGGUACAAAAAGUUUGCUCGAUGUAAUACUUUGGUUAAAAAAGAAUUUUUGAUAAUAAUUUGGUAUAAAACGUUUCAAUUUAUCUUAAUUAA